UUCCGGACGGUUCACAUCGCGGCGCGCUGCCACCGCGGCAACACGUUUCCACGCGGCAGCUCCUCGAAUUUGCCUGGCCGAGCACGUCCCCAGGAAGAGGAGGAGGAGAAGGUGGAGGAGAAGAACGAGCAGGAGAGAAUCUCCCGCCGAACGACCAGCUGUUAGUUCGAGGGCUUCGCUUCAGUCCUCAGCCAGCCGUCGAAAGCCGGCUCGUGUUCAGUGACUCUCUCGUGCAAACGAUAAUUAAAUCCCCCUCGACUGUUCGGACCUCGAUCUCAGAUUCGCGGAUCCGGGCUCGCGUUUUUUGCUUCCGGGACACGGGACAAAUCUCGAGGUUUGUGAGUGGACGAACUCGAAGGAGGGACAAAGCUGGCGAGGCAGAUUGUGACGAGGGAGAAGGUUUCGGAGUUGCUGGGACUAGCGCUGCGCUGGGCCAGGAUGUCGUUCUUCAGGGGUUUGUGGAAGAGCAGUUCGAAGCACAAGAAAUUAUGCGAGGAAUGGGCGUUGGCGAACAGCCGCGAGUGCGUGGAGGGUGGCGGCGGCGGUUCGGCGGGCACGACGCACGGGGAGGAAUCCGAGGACGCGUCCGAGGCGAGGUUCACCCUCAAAUAUUUGGGCAGCACCCUCGUCGAGACGCCCUCGAGUGAGGAGGCCACGGCGGAAGCCAUCAAGACCGUCAUCACCAUGGCAAAAGCAAGCGGAAAAAAGCUUCAAAGGGUCUCCCUGGCCGUGAGUUUGAGAGGGAUUAGAAUGACGGACCUCGCUACCGAAGAGGAUCAGCUUCAGGUGUCGAUAUACAGGAUCUCGUACUGCUCGGCGGACGCGACGCACGACCACGUGUUCGCGUUCAUCGCGACAAACCUGAACGAGACGAUGGAGUGUCACGCGUUCCUCUGCCCCAAGAGAAAAAUGGCACAGACCGUGACGCUGACCGUGGCUCAGGCUUUUAACACGGCUUACCAAGCCUGGCAGCUGUCGCAGUCCGAUCCCAGGAUCCAUCAUACGCAGGACAAGAGUCCACCGCUGACGGGUGAUAGGAUCGAUAACAACGAGAAGAAGAACAGCAGCGAGAUCAAAACCACCGGCAAGAUAAACGAGCAGAAUAAGCAGAACGGCCAACGACACAACGACAGCCAGAAGAACCUGCUGAUCGAUCUGUCGAACGAGCCGAAGCCGGCGGGAAAUUCAUGGGUGUGCUUCGAGGAGGACUCGGACGUGAAGAAGAACCAGAAGAAGAGCACGACCACCACCAGCAUCCCCAUGACCACGCUGAGGCACACGAGCGCGUCCACGCCGGCUCACCACGUGGUGCCCAGACCGAACACGAGCUUCAAGGUGCAGAACGCCUGGGGCGAGUCCAGGUCGGUCGACCUGAUGUGCUCGUAGCAGGGAUAGCCGGCGGCCGACAGCUUCAGAGACGUGCCGUUGAUCACCGGCCUCUGGAAGCACCUCUCGAACAACGGCCAACCGAACAAGUCCAACCAGGGCGACCGUUAGCAGGCUUUACCACCGUGCGCUACUGUUCUCCUCGUCGCGACUCCAAGUUCGCGAGGAGGACUCUCGUCGACGGUUACACGUUAUACCGCCAUUAGUUUCCGCAUCGAACGCUGCCGACGGUCAGCGCUGGCUCGAAAGGAAGGGGGAGAUAGGGGGAGAAAGAGCGAGAGGUGACGACGAUACGGUAUAUAUUUUGUGCGAUGAGCGACGAGACCGCGUUACCACGUCGCCGAGCAGAACUCUCGCGCUCGUCGCGGCGGAGGAUGCGCGACGGCUCGGUGGAGGACCAACUCACCGGCGGCAGGACGGUGUUUAAUCGGGGUAGAAACAAUUAAGUAAGGGAUUUUUGUAUAACGCGUAUAUACCUGUGUGCCAAUUACUUUACACAUAUACAUAUCGCACAAGCCUACUGUUUAAACGCGAGAGAAUGCGAGAAUGGUGAGGGACCCUCGCGCGAUUUAAUACGUUGACUGCCGUGUUGAUUGUUUCCGUCGAUCGUUUCGAUGCUCCAGCCGUGCUUGGAUCACCAAAGAUGCGGCAGGUAGUUAGUAGACACGACGACGUCGAGUGGGGCGUAUCAAUGACGGAUCAUCGAUGUCAGAGACGUCACCGAUGCGUCAUUAAUACUUCACUCGACGCCAACCUGCUACUGCUCGGCCAAGUGUAAUUCGCGGUGCGUUCGUUACAUUCGUUAGCUCGUUCCAUUGGUUUUUCCAUCGGCUAUAUAUAAUAUGUAUAUAUAUAUAUAUGUACACUUUGUUAUAUAUACGCAGAGUUUGUUACGAUUUAUGUGUAAAUUAGUGAGACGCCACAACGCUGGUUACCGCUGGCCAUCGUGGCAGUCGACGUGUUAACAACGGUUUCCGAACGACAUCGGCUCUGGGAUAUUAGGUGCAGCUAGUCGCGCACAUGGGAGCGAGGAAACUCGAGAGGCGUUCGCGUCCAAGAGAGGAAGAGAGAGAGAGAGAGAGAGAGAGAGAGAGCGCUGCGCUGCGUGAUAUAAUCGGAGAAAGGAGACGACUCGAGGAACGAGACACGCCAGGUUUCGUAGAUCGAUUCCAUACCGUGGUGCCGGUUAGAUAAUAUAAUUCUUUACGUUGAUCGUUGGUAGUCUCGAGCCCCUUUCAUUGAAUAGCUGGACUAUUUCUCAGUUGCGGUUAACAGUUGGUUAGAGAGUUUAUAUUCGGCGAACGACGCGUGUCGCGUUACCGUUUGUACGAGGAUCAAAAGCCCGUGUUCCUUAACGGCAUCUCAUCAUCAGCGACGAUGAGUUUUGCUCGUCUUGCGAGGAAUUCAUUUUCUACUCGAAAGAAGAAGGGAGAAAUCAGAUUCGGGGAGCUUUUUCGCGCCGAUAUCAGUUUCACUGAUAGAGUCGACGUAAAGGAAUAGGGAGGAGGGAGAAAGAAGAGGAGAGCAAAGGAUCGAGUGAUAAAGAGAAAGAGUGGGGGGCAGGAGGGGAAAGAGCGAAUUGAAGAAGGAAUUACCGUAAUGUACGCAUAUUACAUAUUAAAUAUGAAUGUGAUGAUGUAUUGUAAGUAUAAAUAUGUGCGCCGUAGGCUGUAGGGCGUAACAAUGGCGCCGAUAAACGAGGGACGUUAACAUAAUUUAGCGUUAACUAUAUCGAUGUUUAAUUUAUCGACCGUUAAGCCGCAAAUACACGACACAAGCGCAAUUCGGUUUCUAGAUCGCGUCCGAGCGUGCGCAAUUAUCGUUUCGAGCGCGCGUCACGAUAACGUCUCUCACCCGGGGGGAGACAGCUCAGGUCCUUGUUUCGUGCAAUGCGAUUAUCGAUUGUUCGGUCGUUACCGCGAAUAAAUGAAUAGGUGAAUAAUUUCAUACCCCUUUACCGCGCGGUGGAUGGGCACGGUCAACCGAAAACUGUGUUUGCCUGUGUUUGCCCCGAAGGUGAUAGCGAAGGUAAUAAUUACAUUAUACGUACGGCAACUCACUGUCCAUUAGUCGAUGUUAUAUCGUCGAGGAGGAAGGGCGCUUUUUAGACUAUCGGCUCGAAUUGUGUGUCGAUUUUAACAUAGUUAUCCGGAAGAGAGACGGACACAACACGCGUGUUGUCUCAGAGACGUCUCAGAGACGUCGAGACAGCCCCGAAAGAGACGUUCUACCACUUUCAGACGUCUCUCGGACGUCUGCGAGACAUGUGUGUGUUUCUGUGGAAAAGGUGAUGACCGAGAGGUUUUUCGUAUUGUCGGUGUAACGCGAGCGAAAUAUGAUAUCGCACUUAUAUCGCUACGGGGGUGUCAUGCAUUUCUGCGCUGAAUGUUAGUCCGUAAGCAGCACGAAUCAAAUAUACGUAUACACACAUAUCCGAA